AGACACUCUGUGCCUGCCUGCCUGCUUCUCUGCACUGCAGUCUGUCUGCUCUCUGCACCACAAGCUCCACUCUGCUCCGGGGCAGUCAGUCAAUACCAUGGCUCUCCAUGUCCCAGGACUUAUCGCCACCAUCAUUUUCUACCUACUGGUGCUAGGGAUAGGUAUCUGGGCAUCCAUUAAAUCCAAACGGGAUAAAGAGAGAUCACAAGCAAGCAGUGCAGACAUGGCCCUGCUGGGCAACAGAAAGAUCAGCUUGGUAGUCGGCAUCUUCACUACGACAGGUGAUUUUAGUGAUUUGCAGCAUGUUCAUGUUAGUGUAAAAACACUCUUUAUGUGGAUAUGUCAGUGUGUGUGCUUUGUGUCUAUUUGAAUCAUUUUUGAGGAUACUUGUAAUUGUGAUAGGGCCAUUCAAGGCAGAUUGAGAUCUGUGUAAUGUCAUGAAAUGUUGGCUGUAUAAAUAUUUUGAAAAGAUUAUUUAGAGGUUGAUUUCUAUGAAGUUUUUUCCUCUGAACCAAAAGAAUAAACUAGAAACCACACUUAAUACCCUUAAGUUUUAAUAUUUUAUCCUCUUCAGUGACAGCUAAAGUAAUAAUGUGCUAAAGAUGUAAAAGUUUGAAAAGAAAAAGAAAAACUGACACUUUUCUUUCUAUGUGGGCGCCGUGAAGCUACCUGGGUUGGCGGGACCUUCAUCAUCGGCACAGCUGAGACAGUCUACGAUCCAAAGCUGGGACUAAUUUGGGCUGUGAUGCCGCUGGCAGCAACAGUGGCCUUCCUUCUUGGUGGGAUUUUUUUUUUAACUUGCCCUUUUUAAGUUUUAAGGUGUUUUAACUGAAAAUGUGUCACCUUUUAAUGUUGACAGCAGUGAGCAUUUAUCCUAGACAUGUUCAAAACAAAGGAACAACUUAUGGAUGGUCAAAUAUUUGCUGUGUAGAGACAUUCGCCCAGGUUAAACAGAACAACAGCAGCUCUGAAAGUAGACCAUGUCCCCCUGAGGAUAUGUAAGUUGACUGACAGGUUAAUGAUCUGGGGGGGAAGGGGAUUAAACCCAUUGUCUGAGAGCUUCAUGGCUAGUUGCACCAAAAGUUGCACCUUUGAAAAGCUUCCAUAGAAUAAAAGUCUCUCUUGUGAAAGAGUAAGUUUGUGAAAGAGAGGGAGCCAUUGUUGUUUUUGCACACUCCAUUAGUUAUCCUUAAUUUUAACUAUGUCGGGGGUUGUAAGGGAGCUGAAGCAAAUUCCAGCUGUUGUUGGGUGAGGGGCAGAUAAGGCCCGAGGCUAGUUGCUUGUCAAUCACAGGGCUCACAUUACUAACAACCAGACACAUUCAAAACCACACCUAAGGGUGAAUCAGAGUCAUCAGUUAAACUGACACUGGUCUUUUUCGAGUGUUUAUGCGUAAACUGUCUUGUAGUAAGGCACCAGUGCUCAACACUGCACUACCAAGAAGUUUGUCAGACACUUUUGAUUUUCCCAUACAGCUGUUUUAUUUUCCAGGGCUUUAUGCAGCUCUACACGACAAGGAACAGAGAAAAUAGGCAUACUGUUAAAUAUCAAGAUCCACUUGAUAUUAUGAUAUUAUUGAACUUUUUGUUUGGAAAAACACCCCUCUAUAGUGGAAAAUCUGUUUAUUCAUGCAAUAUUGUCUUGAACCAGGCAGGGAAAUAAAGAAGUAACAUUCAAGUUGCUUAAGUGAUUUAGGCUUCAUUUAACACUCUCCUUAGCACUUCUAUUGGGUCUCAGGUACAGAAAGGGGACUGAUAGUGGGAUUUGUGGCAGUGAAGCUGCAAGUUGUAACAAGCUAAAUAACUGGCCCCUCCAGUUUCCUCUUUAAAACAUGUAAAAGAACCAAUAGUGGUCAUGAAAAUACUGUAUUUACAGCCUGGGAGGCCUGCUUUAGGGUAACUUCCACAUCGGCUUCUGAAGAAUGAUUAUUUUUGGGGUCAUUGGUUAAAAUAAAUCAUCAUCAUAAUCUGACUUUUUAACUUCUUAAAGUGCUGUAGUUAGUCGUUACAUAAUAAUAAACUGCAGAACAGGGGUACUUUCUUCCACCUCUCUGCUAUUAUUCAGUUUUUUUUUUCUCUCUAUAAGGUGGUUUUUUCUUCGCUGAGCCAAUGAGAGAGAAGAAGUACGUGACCAUGAUGGACCCUUUUCAGAUCAAGUACGGAAACGGACUGAGUGGACUUCUGUCUGUGGGACCACUGAUGUCAGAGAUCAUUUGGGUGACAUCUACACUAAUCAGUCUGGGUAAAAAAGUCAUCACACUGCAAUAUGAUGUGUAUAAACAUGUUUCCGUGACCAUCAUGAUCAAUUGAUGUAAUCCCCACUCUUAAUGGACUAUAGACCCAAGAAUCUGAGUAUCAUCCUCAUACAGUGCAUCUGGAAAGUAUCCACAGCGCUACACUUCUCCUAUGUUAUCUUGUGUUAGUCAGUACUGUCUAGCUACCAGGUAGGUAACCUUCCAUCAUUAUACAAAUUUGAAGCCGAAUUGCUGUGGUAUUUGCAGGAUUUUCUCUGCUUCCUGGAACCACCACUUGCGCAGUAGCAUUGUACACGUUGAGUGAGUUGCUGUGAUAAUGCUCGGCUCAAACAGCGUAUCACUACGCAAUCUUCGCACGCCCAUAGGCUGUAUCAAGUGUCAAUCAUAGAAAAUAAGAACCCCAAAUAGCUCUUGAAAAUGGAGCUGCACAGAAAAAAGAAAAACUAGAAAGUAUUGACAUAGUAGUUAUCAUGUAAUUACCAAAUAAUUUCAUGUUGUUACUAGGUAAUUACCUGGUAAUAAGUGUACCAUAAAAGAAAGGGUUACCGGAAAAAAAAACAGCAGAGCUACUUUGUGAGUGAGCGCACUGUAAUUAUGGGUCAGGGAAAGGUUACAGGAGCUGCACCUGCAGUGAGACUUGAUAAAAAAGCGUCCGUGGCACAUGGAGAAAAAGAUGGUGGGAUGUUCUGAGCCAAACUCGGAGAGAGUGGUCUGGACUCUAAUGAACUUUAGAAGCUCCGUUAGGAAAUUCUUCGGAUUUUGGGCAGACACAGUAGAUGGAAAAAAUGCUGAGUGAGAUAAAGUUAAAUCUGAUGUCUUGAUGACAUCAGAUUUAAUAUAAAAUAUAUCAUUUUUAUUCAUUGGCUUUUAACCCUGCAUGAGACUCGGCUCCUGUUUUAGUGUUCUAUGGUUUGUUUUUAGUUAUUUGUUUCUAUGUUUUUAAAUUAGUUUUUAAAAACAUUGAAGCUAUUUUUUACUAUUAAUUCUACUUUUAUUUUAUCCAUUGUUUUAAUUGUUUCUUGAUUGUUUUUUAUCUUGUUGUUUUGUCUAGUUAUGUACAGCACUUUGUACAGCUGUGGUUGUUUUAAAGUGCUCUACAAAUAAAGUUGAGUUGAGUUGAGUUGAGAUAUCUGAAUGUAUCUGACUUCCUUCAACUGAAGUGAAUAUAUCUGACUUCCUUCAAUUGUCUGAGUUUUUUCAUGCAGAACAUGCACAAAUCUGGGUACAAGUCAAAGCCAUCAGUCCCAAGGCAAGUCACAAGUCCCGAAUACAACCAUACAACAGCAUGUGUUUUUUUCCGCAGGAGUAACCAUGAGUGUGAUCCUGGAUUUGUCCUACGCUGUUUGCAUCUGGAUCUCUGCUGCUGUGGCCAUCACCUACACCCUGCUUGGAGGUCUCUACUCUGUUGCCUACACAGACAUCAUACAGCUCACUCUGAUUUUCAUCACCUCGGUAAUUGGCUUCUCUACACAGGGGCACAGUAAUGACCAGUAUUCCUAUCCAAUCAUAUCAAAUUUAAUAAGACCACAUCUUACCCUUUUUAAACCUUGUUGGUUUAUUUCAGUUCAGUGGUUGCUUUGCUGACUUGUAUUUUGCAUUUGAGCAUCUGCUACUCAAACUUUAAUCUUUAUUCAUUUUAGCACACUCAGAUGCAUGAAAGGAAUUGAGAGAGCUUUUCUCUUUGUGCUAAAUUAAUGUGCUUCUCCAUCUCCUCAGUGGGUGUGCGUCCCUUUCCUCCUUAUGAGUCCCACCUCCGUUGACAUCACCACCACAUCUUUUAAUCACACCUUUCAGGCCCCCUGGGUUGGCACACUGACUGCAGACAGAGCCUGGAGGUGGAUCGAUAUCUUUUUACUACUGGUAAGAAGGUGAAAACUACUGAUGCUUUGAGACUAACUGUAGCAGAUACAUCCCAUAGACUGUAUAUACUAUGGACAACUUGGUUCCGCCUACCGCCUGUACAAGGAUUUGAAGCCAAAAAGCUCUUGGUAUUUCCAGGUUUUUUCUUUAUUUCCUGAAACCAGCACUGUGCAGUAGCGAUGCGCGCAUUUAGCCGCGCAGAGAGUCACUGUGAUGACGCUCGGCUCAAACAGCGUUUCUCCCCGGUGAGCUACUUAAUCCCUGAACGCCAAAAGGCUGUAUCAAGUGUCAAUCAUAGAAAAUAUGAACACCUUAAUAACUUUUAAAAAUGGAGCUUCACAGAAAAAAGAGGACUUGAGCACAAACCAGUGUUACAAUAACUACAUGUCAACAUCACAAGCAGGGAGGAGAAAAAUUUAUAUUCUGUGUAAUAAAUUUCUAAAGUUGGUCCACAUCUCCAUAAGCUUUGCUGGCGGAGGUGGGAUUUAUGACCUGUUAGCAGACCAUCAACAGAGGGUGCUGUUCUCGGAGUGGCUUCACCCAGCGAGGAGACAGACGACGUCCAUUCUAUAUACAGUCUAUGAUACAUCCAUACAUAAUGUUAAAGAAAACAGUGACUCACAAAAUGACUGAACACACCAGAAGCACUGGAGCAGAAUCCAACAGUUGGAUGAAAAUGAAGAGUGUUAGCAGUGAAACACCUGAUGACAGUAAUGCAAGCAAAAGGGCAGUUAUUUGUCUCCUUGUAUUCUUGUAAAUAGUGACUAUGAUACAAGGGCUUUAGAUGUAAAAGGUGUCAGAUUUCAAUUGAGAUUGGGUUCACUGAAACUUGUUAUUAAGGGCAUUGUGCAACUAAGGAAACGUCAACACUAGAAAUUGUCCAGCUGGCGUUGUUUUGUAGGCUUGCAUGAAAUUAUUGCAUAUUAUUACCUCAAAUAAAAACUAUUGCUGUUGCCAUCACAUUGGAAAACACAAUAAUGUCUCUGAGUUGAGCUGUUGUCUUUAUGGAUCUCUUGCUUUGUGAUCAUUCUUCUUUUUCAGAGUGUAGGAGACCUUGGUUUCCAGGAUUUCCACCAGAGGACGUUAUCAGCCUCUUCAUCAGCCACAGCCAAACUGCGGUGUUACGCUGCAGCAUUUCUCAUCCCCACUUUUGGGAUUCCUCCUGUACUCAUUGGGGCAGUGGCUGCGUCAACAAGUAAAGUAAUUUUUUUUUCAUUAUUAGAGAAAAUUUCAAUCAAAAUAAACUCACGAAGAGUAAAAUCCACUGAAAGUGUUGUAUUCUCAUUAACAAGACAAGGUUGGGCAAUGCUUUGCAAAGUUUUAUCCAGUAAGAUAAAGUAAUGUUUAGUUAAUGUUUCAUUAUACCUGAAUUUUCAAACGAUGACCUAAGAUUGCACUGGAGCAAGAAAUAUGGACUAAAACAUUGUGUACUUGAGUGGAAGGUUUUGUCUUCAACAGUAAACUUAAGUGUCGUCCCAGUUUAUCUGUCAUUUUGUGCUCUCCUUUAAGAAAAAAUACAAUCUGAAUGUAAAGGGAGAAUUAUUUCAAUUAUCAUUUCAACACUGAUGUGUAUUUCAGUGGUAUUAUUUCUCAGGUAUUUGCUUAUCAUUUCGCCUGGUUUUCUCAGACUGGAACCUGACCUCCUAUGGUUCUCCGCCUCCAUUUGAGCGAGGUCAGACAGGUCUGAUUCUACCUCUCUCCCUGCACCACCUAACUCCAUCCUACAUCUCAGUCAUCGGCAUCGGAGCUGUGGGGGCCGCUGUAAUGUCAUCAACAGAUUCUGCCCUGCUGUCUGCAGCUUCCAUCUUCUCCUCAAAUAUCUACAAAAAGAUCCUAAGGACUAAGGUAAAUGUGGAGAACAACUGGGAAAACUUAAUCAACAAUCCUUGAGGAUAUUAAGUGUUGUACUGCUUUAAGAAAAUUUAAAUUCUCAGUAGAAAAAAACAACAACACUGAAGCAAAGAGUUAUUAAAGGGGCCAAUUUAGAGGGAUCUUGAUACUGUCAGGAAAAUGUUGCAGCAGACAUGACCCGCCACGCCAACAGUAUGACACUCAUUUCUAACACUCAGUGUGUUUACAUGCACAGCUUAAUUAGACUAAGUUAAUAAUUCGUUUUCUAUUUUACCGAAUCACACUUCUCUCCUUGUCCGCCUGUACAUGCAGCUGAGAAAAUCAAAUUAUUGACGUAUAUGUGUUCUCCUCCAUAAAACUAGGGGGCGAUAUGGGUAUUUUUAGCAGCACUGUUUCCAGUUGACACAACAACAACAACAGCAGGUCUGUGCCAGAGGUGGCUACAACUGCUGUUGGGCAUUUUCGUGCAAGAAGAUAGAGCAUUGUUGCGUUGUUUUUGUCGUACAUGAUGUACACACUACUUUUUCUGUAGAUGAGGUGCAUACUACUCCUCUUCUCUGUUCUUUUUUUUUUUUUCCGGGGUUACAGGGGAUCGCAUUAUCAGUGUGUCUUAAUCAGAGUUCUCUGACUCCAGCUGGAGUUCUCACACUCAGAUUAAGGUCAGAUUAAAGUGUUUAUAUGAACUUCAGUUGUCCGGUCUUAAUCAGAGUAAGGCAAUAAUUCAGUUUCCUCAAGUGUCAUGCAAACGUACUGACUGAUCUCCAGUGAGGUCCUGCCUGUGGCCCUCACAGGAGCAGAAAAUGCUCAGCAGGGAGAGAAUGUUGCUUCGUCUGGAUGGCAAGACCCUUCUGGGGUCAGAUGAAUAAAAAAAAAAAAAAACAGUCAUUCGAGAUCUUAUGUUUCCCUAUUCUACUGUGACCCUAAUACAAUGUGAGGUUCCCCAUAAUUUCCCAAAACCAUGGUACAGUGAACUCUCUCUGUUUAGAUUAAUAAAGGAUGCAUUACUGUGAUAGGGAAACGGCCAUUAGAAUUCAAAACAGGCAUGCCUGUAAAUUUAGACACAUACAGACAUGCACAGUAGUGCCUCCACUUAUUUCAGUGUUUGUGCUGAUAAUGUGAAAUCAUGUAUUUAUUGGGACAAAGUCUUUGGACACACCAGUAUGUUUUUUUUUUCUUAGCUUCAUACAUUGAUACUGUUUUCAGAUCUGAGGAUGCCAGAAGACAAGGACACCCUCAUAGCCAUCUCCCAAAACACCUGCUUUAUCUCAGCCCUACACAGACCAAAAUCCAAGGCAACCAAGCCACCCAUUAUGUCCUCUCUUAAAUGCAUACAGAAACAAACACACAUUGUUUUCCAUUUAUCCUUAAAAAUACAACUUGUAUUUGAAUAUGGCCACUACCCAAUCAGAAUCGAGAAGGGAUUGGACUUCUGCUGAAGUAUCUUUGUCAGCAACAAUGGUGGAGGUCUGUUCAGGAGAGGUCACUGGUUUGAGCAGGGUACAAUUUCCUGGUCUUAAGCUUGAACUCAUGCAAUGACAUAGUUUCCAUGAAUUGUUUUAUUUAUUUGAUUUCUUUUUGUAAAAUGCCCUUUUUACAGAGCAUCGUAAAACAGACUUAACAGUCACUGCCAAGCCUUAUGUGAUUUCUUUGAUGUGAGGUAGAGAGGGCAGAACUGAUUGUCCUGUCUGAUAAUGCUUUGGCAUAAGCCAGAUUGUGUGUCUAAAUGCAUGAGCACAUCCUUUUUUCCAGAGCUGUUCAGUUCUGAAAAUGUAACAUUGCAUAUUCACUUUAACUGUCCACUUUCACACUUGUAUGUUGUUUUUAUUCAUUUUAAUUAUGUUUCUGUGUUUUUACGCCCUGUACAGUGUCCGUGAGUUUUCAGAAAGGUGCUUUUAAAUAAAAUGUAUUAUUAUCAUUAUUAACAAAAUAUGAAAACCUCUUUUCUCUGUCUCCUCUUAAUUUUAGGCCUCAGAGAAUGAGAUCCAAUGGGUGAUUCGCAUGGCUGUUGUAUUUUUUGGCCUGGCUGGUACAUCCCUCACCUUCCUGCACACUGGGGUUAUGGCUUUCUGGAUCCUGGGUGGAGAAAUCGCCUACAUUAUGAUGUUCCCACAGCUGGUCUGCGUGCUUUUCUUCAACAUGACCAAUGGUUAUGGUGCUGCUGCAGGAUUCGUACUGGGUUUCUUUGUGAGACUUUUGUGUGGAGAGCCCUUGAUUGGACUACCACCUGUCAUCUAUUUUCCAGGAUGCGUCCUUGAAGAUGGCGUUUAUGUUCAAUACGCUCCUAUCAGGACCAUCUGCAUGCUGGUUGCUUUCUCAACAAUACUGCUGGUCUCCUAUCUGGCUUCCUUACUUUUCAACAGAGGACUCAUACCUGAGAGGUGGGACGUGUUUCUGGUCAAAGUUCAGCACCCAGUCCAGAGAACAUGCCCGGUGAAUAGUGGAAGCAGCAAUGGAAGUCACAAAUCAGAACCUCAGUGUGAGACUGGUGAAGUCAGAGAUCCAAUGCUGGAAUCAACGUGUUGAAAUUAAAAGGACCAUAAAAGGGAAAACAACAACAUGCUACCUCUCAGGACAACAACCACCUCAUGCAGGCACAUUGAUAAUAAUGUCAUGGAACAGUUGACUUGUUUAUCUGUAAUCAAUUAAAGAAGCCAUAAAAUGAAUCUCACUGAGUUACGGGGAGGACGAUAAACAUAAGAAAAUACACAAUUCAAAACUGUGGUUGUGAAACACAGUUAACAAACAGCUUUAAAC